AUCCAGUGACAUCGCGGAGCUCGGCGCGCGCGCUUCGUUUCCCUCGAGCAACGUUCCCACGCAGUGUUUGCAACCCCCGAUGUCCCGCGAUCGGCUAGCCUAACCGGUUAGGCUGGCCCGGUAGCCGGUCCACGCGUCCCUCGUCCCUGCAACCAGAGGAUUUCUGCGGUUCCGAUUCGUAGAUCCCGCGGGAUCGGUCCGUUCGUCGGGAUCAGUGAUCGAUAUUCUUGUGUUUACGUCCAGAUCGGGCUCCUACCCGCGAUUGGAUACGCAGCUGGUCGCCUCGAUAUCGUCGUUCGGGAACAGGAAAAUCGGGCCCGGAGCCGCGAGACAUCGUCGGUGGAUCAUCGGGAUCCCGAGGAUCGAUGGAAACAGUGCGUGCGAAUGCGAACGGAACUCGAGAACGCCGCGAGAUGAUGUUCUCUCGGGACAGAGUGGUGUGAGACGCGCGGCGGACACUUGAGACCGAUGACAGGACGUAGUCAGGCCACGUGUUCGGCGCAUAAUUCAGCCUGGACUUGAGUUCACCGCGAGCGAGCUACUCUUCGGACCAUGGUGUGCUGGUUGGAAUAAAACGAGACAGAGAGAGAUAGAGAGAAAGAGUGAGGGAAAGAGAGAGAGAGAGAGAGAGAGAGAGAGAGCGAGAGCGGAAGGGAAAGAGAACGCGCGAGGAAGUGUGCGAACUUACGUGCGAGUGUAUCGGCGUGUCAGGUGGCUACGGAAGUCGGAGAACUCGGACAGGACACAGGUAACCGGAGCUGCUUUCUUCAACAAAUUCGCCCGUUACAGACCGAUCCUUGUCCCGAGAACAAGACGCGAAAGUCCGUCGUUAGGAUGGUUUGAGGGUGAAGUUGUCAAGAGACGUUCGUCAGUAUGCUGUGGAUAUUGAUCGCAGUGACGUGCAUCGAGGUAUCGACCUUUGCCAGCGCACAGCCGAAAAAACCGACCACUGCUCAAGAAGAUGCGAACAACACCGAGCCCGAGCAUCCCAUACCGAUGGAGUCGAUACAAGGGGUGGCAGGACAGAGAGCAACUUUGCCCUGUAAUAUACAACCCCGCGAGCCGAACGAUGCCGUCUCUAUGGUGCUCUGGUUCAAAGAGGACAGCGGCGAGCCACUCUACAGCUACGACGCGAGAAAUCGACAGUUCGGCAAGGCGAAGUUGUGGAGCGCGCCGACCUUCUGGGGCGACAGAGCGACGUUCAGAGCGAGCCCGCCCGCGCAGCUGACGAUCCGAGACCUGCGGCAGACCGACGAGGGAGUUUACAGGUGCAGAGUCGAUUUCCGGAACUCGCCGACCAGGAAUCUCAAGGUUAACUUCACGGUUAUCGUGCCGCCAGCCAAGCCGAUAAUCUACGACGCCAAGAGGAGAGACAUGAGCAAACUGUUCGAGGCCUACCCGGAAGGUGCGGAUCUGUUCCUUGUAUGCGAGGUCCACGGAGGUAAUCCUCGGCCCCGUGUGACAUGGUACCUGGAGUCGCAGAUAAUCGAUGCGCCAUCCGAGGUUCGAGAGACCCAAGGGCUGGCAGGCGAGACCAAUGUCGUGACCAUAAGCAACGUGACGCUGAAGGGCCUCACGAGGAGUCACUAUCACGCGAAAUUGUACUGCAAGGCAAACAACACCCAUCUGGCGCCGCCGCUGACCACCGCUGUCAUCAUCGAGCUUCACAUGAAGCCACUCAAGGUCGAAAUUAUGGGGAAGGACAAGAUCCUAUCGGCGGGAAGGAGUUACGAGGCGAGAUGUCAGAGCACGGGAUCAAAGCCGGCAGCCGACCUAACCUGGUGGAAGGCGUCCAAGCAGCUCAAAGGAACGAUCAAAAACUUACAGGAGGACGGGACCAGCGUGAGCGUGUUGCAAUGGACACCGUCGAUCGAAGACGAAGGAAAGUUCCUAGUGUGUCGGGCGACGAAUCCGAAGCUGCAGGAGGCAGGCAUCGAGGAUCGAUGGAAGCUGAAAGUCCACUUUGAGCCAAUCGUCACUCUGAAGAUGGACUCCUCGUUGAAUCCGAAGAAGAUCAAAGAGGGCGACGACGUCUACUUCGAGUGCAACGUUAGGGCGAAUCCUAGGGCUUACAAAUUGACAUGGUUUCACGAGGGAGAAGAGCUCCAUUACGACGUCACCGCCGGCAUAGUGCUCUCGGACCACUCUCUCGUGCUCCAGAGUAUCACUCGGGAGUCCGCUGGAAGGUACACCUGCAUGGCCGUCAACGUCGAGGGCCGUGCCAGUUCUAACGUUGUCAACCUCCAGGUUAUGUUCGCCCCGAUCUGCAAGCACAUUUUAAACUUGGCCAGUUGGAGAUACCAGAACGCGACGCCGCCUCCUUUGAACGUUCCCGAGGAGAUUCACGGUGCUUCGAAACACGAGACCGUCGGCCUGGUCUGCGAGGUCGAGGCUAAUCCGGCCUCGAUCAGCUUCCAAUGGACGUUCAACAGCAGCGGGGACCUCACCGACAUUCCGUCCACAAAAUUCACUAACGAAGGCACGUCGAGCCGGCUGAAUUACACACCGACCUCCGACAUGGAUUACGGAACUUUGGGCUGUUGGGCCAGCAACGUCGUCGGUCACGCCAAGCAGCCCUGUCUUUACCAACUGAUCGCAACAGGCAAGCCGUACCCGUUGCAGAACUGCACGGCGCACAACCAGACAGGCUCCUUGAUUAGGAUAUCUUGCGAGGAGGGCUACGACGGCGGUCUGCCGCAGAAGUUUGUGGCGAUGGUGGACAAGCAACGGGUGGAAUCACCGAACCCCUAUUGGGAGCUGGAGCUUCACAAGCCGACAACGAUCGCCCUUUACGCGGUCAAUAUGAAGGGGUCUAGCGCGCCGGUGAUCAUGGAACGGGUGGCGUUGAAAGGUGUAGCCAAGUUUACCGGAGAAUCGGUAUCUUCGGUGGACAUGUCACCGAUCCUGAUUGGCCUAGGAGGGACAGCGACCGGUUUGGGUUUAAUCGUGACCGGCGUGCUGAUGGCGCUUUGGAGGAAGCACGCCGCCACCCCCGCGAAACCGAAACCAUCCCAGCAACCGAGCAUCGCGACCUUCGCCGGCAAAGGCGAGGAGGAGGACGGGAAUCCUGAUCUCAUACCCACCACCGCCUUGACCAAUCAUCUCAUAGAUAGGAAGCUUUUACAUUACGGGUCGCUGCCACGGAGGCCGCGACAGCUGGAGGGCCGGGAGAUGUCCCACGAUGUCGUGGAGGACUCGGAUUAUCCGCGAGCAUCGCCAAACACGUUUUACAGCCUUCAGAGACCGCACCGAUAUUCGGAGACCGUGAUUCGGAGCGCGGCGAUACAGGAGAGCUGCAUCUAAGAGACGGCCCCGAAGGAACGGGGGACCAUGGGAUCUUGGAUCACCCUGGCCGUGACUGGACGGUGACUGACACGGGAAAAAUCAAAAAAAGACUAAAGCCAUGCUUACACGACACAUUGUACACGUUUCAGCGUACGAAGACAUUAUUAGCCACGACAGAGAGAACAGUAUGCCUUUGUAAAUAUUGUAUAUAAAUAAAAACACAUCGAUUUCGUGUUA